GGUGACAUACCCAACCAUGUGGAACAGGAACUCCUGCGUGUGCUGAAAGAAAACAAAGAAUGCAAGGAGGAGGUCCAAUGCUUGAAGGAAAGAGCGGGGAAUGUGAGCAACUUCACAGGUCUGGCUGCAGAGAUGCAAUCAACAGUAAAGGAGCUGAGGAAGCUACAGAAGAAGAUGCAAAAAAUGCUGUCGAGAGAAGCAUUACCAGACGAGACAGUGGAGCUGGUUGCACAGUCUGGCGUUUUCAUCAGUACCGCUUCCCUCAAUCGUGCAAAGUCGAUGAGUGGAGGCAAUGGUUGUCGUCUUGCAAGGGACCUUAUUCGUAUUCUCUUUUCCCGCGAAGAGCUUAUUGGGAGGUCUGCAACAGGGAUGCAGAGCAAUGCUCACAAAGAAAGGCCUGCCAAGGAGCAAGUGGACCCCAUACGAAUGGGAGCAGUCACUGAAUACUGCCACAUGGUGUGCCCAAACACUGAAGUGUCAAAAAUUAAACAAAGCAUUCGUACAUUUCUUCAGCGAUUGACACUCGGUGCUUGCUGUUUCGACCUCGCAACUAGUGAACGUGAAAUUCACCUUCAUGGAGUGGAUCAGACACGCCGCAACUUCGCAAAUAAUACACGAGAAUCAUAG